UGAUAUAGAAUGGCAGGUCCAUUUAUGUUUUCUUAAAUAUUAUUAUUACUAUGGUCCUCGUGAUGGUGCGUGUGCUCUUUGUUUUGUUUCUUCGAGGGAAGUGUGAAUUGUUGUUACUUUUUUUGCUUUCCUGAGGUGUAAGCAACAGAGUAUGUUGCAUGAGCAGAGGGUGGGUAUGAUGGAGUUCCGACCAGGGAAUUUCGUCUACGAUGCUGAGGAUAUUCCAUUUGGGACUCUCUGGUGGUUCUUUUAUGCUGGAAUUUCUUGUUUGCUUGUUCUCUUCGCUGGGAUUAUGUCUGGUCUUACUCUUGGAUUAAUGUCUCUGGGUCUCGUUGACCUUGAGAUUCUCCAGCAGAGUGGUUCUUCCACCGAGAAGAAACAAGCUGCUGCUAUUUUGCCCGUUGUUCAGAAGCAGCAUCAGUUGCUUGUCACCUUGCUUCUUUGUAACGCCUGUGCCAUGGAGGCACUUCCAAUUUACCUUGACAAAAUUUUUCAUCCGUUUGUAGCAGUACUGUUAUCUGUGACUUUUGUUCUCGCUUUUGGAGAGGUUAUCCCACAAGCUAUAUGCACGAGAUAUGGGCUCUAUGUUGGUGCUAAUUUUGUGGGGCUUGUACGUGUUCUGAUGAUAAUCUGUUAUCCAAUUGCUUUUCCUAUUGGAAAGGUUCUGGAUAUUUUACUUGGUCAUAGUCAUGCAUUAUUUAGACGAGCACAGUUGAAAGCCCUUGUCUCAAUCCAUAGCCAAGAGGCUGGUAAAGGUGGUGAACUCACUCAUGACGAGGCAACGAUUAUCAGCGGAGCAUUAGAUCUCACGGAGAAGACUGCUGAGGAGGCCAUGACACCAAUUGAAUCUACAUUUUCCUUGGAUGUGGCUUCCAAAUUGGACUGGGAAGCAAUUGGGAAAAUUCUUUCACGAGGUCAUAGUCGUGUUCCUGUAUACAGUGGAAACCCCAAAAAUAUAAUUGGCCUCUUACUAGUAAAGAACCUUCUUACUGUAAGAGCUGAAACAGAGACCCCAGUCAGUGCUGUUUCCAUCCGGAGAAUUCCAAGAGUUCCAGCAGAUAUGCCUCUCUAUGAUAUCCUCAACGAGUUUCAAAAAGGAAGCAGUCAUAUGGCAGCUGUAGUCAAGGUUAAACGAGAGACAAAGUACCCUCUGGCAACUGGUAACAUUGAGAAAUCCAAGGAUAAAGAAGUCAUAAAGCAGAGUUCUCAACUAACUAUGCCAUUACUAGCCAGGUUUUACGAGAAAUCAGAAAAGGUUGUCAAUAUUGACAAACUCUCUAAGCAUGCUGCAGAACAACAAUUUCAGAAGGAUGUCACUGCAACAAAUGGUUCCCACCACUCUCUUGACAAUGUUGACGAUGGGGAUGAAGUUAUUGGAAUCAUUACCUUGGAAGACGUGUUUGAAGAACUCCUUCAGGAAGAAAUUGUGGACGAGACUGAUGUGUAUAUUGAUGUACAUAGAAGAAUACGUGUGGCUGCUGUAGCAGCUGCUACAUCUGUGGCACGGGUUCCUUCUGGCCGAAAGUUGGCAGGUCAAAAGCCUGUAGCAAUUCAGAAUCAGGGGAAUUGAGCGAUCAAGAGAAAGUUGGAAGAAGUUUGUGAAGGAUGAUUUAAAUUAAAGAAGAAUAUCAUUUGAAGAUCUUUUGAAUCAGACCACCCUUCCUGUAUAUAGUUGUGGCCAUUGGUGUCUUUGAUGGUAUAACACAGGAAGGAGAUGUUGGUCAUACGGAGUCUUUUUAUGAACAUGUAGGUCCAAUAGUAUCCAAGGAAAUAUUAUUAUCUUUUACACUUUUGUUUUCUUAGCAAUUUUGUAUAAUUAAUUGUUAGGAAUAAUCAAAGUGUAACUCUAAGUUUCACAUUCGAUAGAAAUAACAAACAAAGUUAUAUAACAUAUGAGAUAACAGAUUCAUAAA